AUAUAUUUUUUUUUUUAAUCAAUACACGGAAAAUGGAUGAAAAACGUCCGUCCGUUGUGAAUUCGGUAUCCAUACGGCCGAAGCUUAUCUAUGGCCUGCGUACGGAUGUCAUUGGCAACAUUAACUUCAAUCUGACCAAGGAGGUCAUCUAUCCGGUGGAGGGUGUGCUCGCCUUCCACGAUUAUGUGACCAACAAGCAGCGUUUUCUACGCUUUCCGGAGGACACCACGCCGGAAAUCAUUGCACUCAGCUCGCAUCGCAAAUUGUUGGCCGUGCUGGAGCUGCACGCGCGGAACGGUCGCUAUAUAUCCAUCUAUGAGCUGUCCACGCUGAAGAAACGUCGCCAUCUGGAGCUGCCUGGCAACCAUCGCAAUGCGCAGGUGCAGCAAAUGAUCUUUACCAAUGACUCGCGUGCCAUUGCGCUGGUGACCAGGCCGCCCAACGAGAUGGUCUUCAUGCUGGUGCUGGACAAGACGAGCACUGUGAUCGAGGGUCGGGCCACUCUGCCGGGCUCCCAUGGCGGCGCCGAGUGCAUUGCCGGCAAUCCCAACGAUUGCGGCUUCCUGGCCGUGGCCGGGGAUCGCAACCUGUUGCUGUUGAGCAAAUCGGAGCGUGGAUUUACCAUAAGCAACAACUUAAAGAUCAACUAUCGUGUCACCUCGAUGGCCUUUCUAUCGAUGGAUCUGCUGAUGAUGGGCACCGAUCAUGACCUGCUGAUAUUGGUGGAGAACGGCGAGCAGAAGCUUAGCCAGAAGGCCAGCGUUGCCGAAACGGUUGACCUAAUGAUCGACCAGGAGAUGUUCGAUAAGGAUCGCGAGGCGCAGGAACAACGCUAUUCGGCCAUACAGCCAUUGGUCCUGGCCAAUUGGCGUGUGCUCUGCAUGACCGCCUUUGCCAGAGGCUUCGCUUACAUCAUUUUUAACAAGGUGUUCGUCUUCGAGCGCGUCUCCAAGUUCAAGUUCGAGCGCAAGACCGUGCUAACGGUGCCCAUCUCGAUAUAUGCAGAGCCCCUCUAUCAGAUCACAAAUCUGGCCAUCGAUCACAAGCAGGAGACGGUGAUUGUCACCUGUGCCCAUGCCCAGAUCUAUGUGGGCAUACUCAUUGUGCCGGAGACAUUGAAGACCAAACAGCUCAAGUUCGAGCCGCUGGGCGUGCUCAUCCACAUCGGCGACGUGGUCGCUCUCUCCGUGUGCGCCUGGAAACCCAUCGUUAUGACAGCUUCACGGGAUCAGACCAUACGCAUCUGGAACUAUGAGACGGCCAAGGUGGAGCUGGUGCGCAAGUUUCAGGUGGAUGUCAACAUUGUGGAACUGAAUUCCACUGGCCUCAUGGCGGCCAUUGGCUUUUCCGAUCAGCUGCGCAUCACGCAAAUCUUUAUGGAUGAGCUGAACAUUGUCAAGACCUACAACUUUCCGCACUGCAACGAUGUGCGAUACUCGAACCUUGGCCAUCUGAUGGCGGCUGCCUAUGACAACAAUAUUGCGGUGACAUCCGUAUAUAAUCUGGAGGUGGUCAUACACCUGAAGGGACACAAUGGCACCGUUCUGUCCGUCGCCUGGACGCGCACGGACAAGUAUUUGAUAUCCGGCGGAGCGGAGGGCGCCAUUUAUCAGUGGGACAUUGAGACUGGCGCACGCCUCCAGGAGAUCGUGCAAAAGGGCACCGAAUAUGUGACCGUUUGCGUCAGCUUCAACGAGCCGAUGACCAUAUUUGCGGGCACCAAUCACGGCACCAUACGCGAGUUCCAGGACUCGACGCUGCAGCGCGAGAUAACAGUGCCGUCGCGCAACAAGGGCGCCGUCUCGGAUCUGUGCCUGGCACGCUCCGAUCUGAUCAUGUUCAUUGCGGAUCACGAGGGCGGGCUGUUCAAUAUGCAGCUGCCGUUCUUGGAAGCCGGCGGCGGCACCUUUACCAACUUUCGAUUUUUCGAUGGGCCCAUCAAUAAGCUGCGUUUCACGUACGAAGGAACGAUGCUGGUGGCGAUCUCCAAGCGUGGCACCGUUGCCAUUUGGACAAUGGAGAACAUUGAGGAGAAGGUGGCACCCAUCGAUCAGGAUCUGAUGAAGAGCCAGGAGGUGCUCAUACCACGCACCCAGCUGAGCGAUAAAGUGGAGCAGAUAACCAAUCUGGAGCUGCGUCUGAAGCAGCAGGCCGAGGAGUUCCAGUAUCAGCUGAGCCAGAAUGAGAUAUUCGAUGGCCAGCAGCUGCAGGAGGUGCAUCGCAGCUAUUGCAGCGCUCUGGAGGAGCUCAAGGAGCUCAACAAUGAGAUUGUGUCCAAGCACACGGAGGAAAUGAAUCUGAUUACGUUCCAGAUCAACGAUAUGAAGCAGGAUCAUCGCUCCCAAAUGGACAUACUGGCCAGCCAAUAUUCCGAGCGCAUGCUCAUCGAAUAUCAGAAGUUCACCAAUUUGCGCGAGAACAUGCUGGAGCUGCGCGAGAGCUACGAGGAUAAGCUGAAGAAUUCGACGGGCACGCUGCAGGAUACGAUCGAAGCGCUGGAGAAUGACUACAAGAAGCAGUUGGACGAACGCAAGGAUCUCAUACGUGAGCUCAUGAAGGAGAUGCAGGACAAGAAGGACGAGUUCAUCAAAUACUGCCAGGAGGUGGAGGCCGAAAAUGAUCGCAACAUGGUUGCCACGCAAACCGAAUACGAGAACAAGCUGACCACGGAGCGCAACGAGACGCAGAUGUGGCGCGGCAAGGCGGGUGUGCUCCAAAAGAAAUACGAAUCCCAGUGCCGGGAGAUCGACAAUCUGCUGGAGGAGGUGGAAACGCUUAAGGAGGAGCAUUUCAAGUCGCAAAUGAAAAUGCAGAAGCAGCUGCGCAAUGUCGAGGAUCUGCAGAAGGACAUCUCGGAUCGCGACUAUGCCAUCGGUGCCAAGGAGAAGCGCAUACAGGAGCUGCUGCACAAGAACCAGGAACUGGAUAAAUACAAGCAGGUGCUUAAUCACAAAAUAGCCGAGCUGAAGGCACAGAUUGAGCCGCGCGAGUUCCAGAUCAACGACAAACGCAAACAUAUUAUCGAAAUGGAACACGAACUGGAAGGUCUCAAUCAGAACAACAUACAGCUGGAGCUGCAGCUCAAGGAGAUGCGCGACAAGUAUCUCAGCAAUGUGGCCGAGCUGCGCUCCGAGCGACAUCGCGCGAAGGCCGCUCGCGAAUGCCUCAAUGCCAUUUGCACGGACAUCUUCUAUGUGGCCGGCGAGGUAAGCACCGCCGAUGGCCUCAAGAAGGCGGUCAAGGAGCUGUUCCACAAGCAUGCCAACGAUGAUGAGCUCAAGCGUUUCGUCACACUCGAUGCCGAGGUGCGCGAUGAGUUCUUGCGCCAGCGCAAACAAAUCGAGACUGUCCUGGCGCGCUACAAGUCCGUAGCGGAAGACAAGAGCGUCCAGAAGAAAUACGAUAAACUGUUCCAGGAAAAUGUGGUGCUGCUGGAGGAGAUCGAAAGUCUGCGCGAUGAGAACAAAAGCCUGCGCUCGCGCGUCCGCGAGGACGUGCGCAGAUCUGGCAGGAAAUCCACAAAGUCUAGCAGAAGACUGGAGAGUCUAAUGUAAAUGCUGGAGUCAAUGGAAAUGCGAAGUGCACAGCAGCUGACGAGUCUGAUUGGAAAUAAUCUUAUAUAAAAAUAUAUGUGUUUCACAAAGGACUCAUACAUACAUGGGAUUUACAUACAUACAAAGGUUAUGCUUAGUUCGAUGAAUAAAGUAAAUGGCAUUGGUUUCAGGCUUCCACCAG